AUGGAUAACCAGGCACAGAUCACUGAAACAAUUAGUCGAUUAGAUUCAGAAAAGGUAAGGUGAUAAUAACUCAGAGUGUGUAAUUUUGACUAGAGCGUCAGGUAAACUGAUUUUCAUUCACGAAAACAAAGUUUUUGACUGUUAUUUUUCACUUAACCUGGCUGAAACUAAGACAUAAAAAGUUAUCAUUGCAAGCUUGCGUAUUUUAGUUCUAAUUUUCAGUUCUCCAGUUUCUCAGUCUACAUGUCUUAAAGCCGAUUCGAGCUUUAUUUGGGAAACCACAACACACAAUCGCUUUUUUAUUUUUUUUUUUCACCAGUGAGUUUUACCUUGUUUUGAAACGAAACUCCUCUGAGUUGAUUGCCAUGAAACAUAAGCUUAAUUAUACUGUUGAGGUUGGCAGCAAGUUGACAACUCUAUUUACUUUUUCAUUCUCAGAAUCAGAGAGCGAAAGCUGGUUCGAUGGCUUUUAGAAGUCGAACUUUUCAUGCCAUGUAUUUAGCAGAUGGAAGUUUCGUGUUUGCAUGAGACGCAGCCGAGCCACACAGUCUGAAAUUAUUGAAGUCUUCAACUAAAGAACAACCAUGUAAAAGAAUUAAAUAGGCAUUUUCAUGAAUGAAAGUCAUUUAUAGGCAUGUUUAGUUUCCCGGCACUGAAAACUCCGAGUGUUCGUGACUGCAGUCGUCAAAGUCGAAGUUGUUAUUAAAUCUCGCCCAUCUUUUGUUUUGAGUUCUUGUUUUCUCUGAUAAUAAAAAAGUUAUUAAACGGACUAAAAUUUUAAUUCCUGGUUUUAGUGUUAUUGAUAAUGAUGACGCCUUUAUUUGGUUUCUUUCAUAAGUAUUGUUAUUCUUUUCUUAGUUGUCGCCUUCUCCCAAAUUAACUUAUGCCAAACCAGAAGCAUGCAAGAAAGCCAGUAAAAACAAAGUCGUCAUGUCGAGCGCUCGCGACCUGCAAACUUUAAACAUCAUUUUCACCGUUGGUGCAAACAGAUAA